CAGGGAAAGGGUGGUUGGAAACAGCAGGUGUAGGAUCAUUGGAGUGAUCUUAACGAAAAUUGUAAUACGCCAAAAAUUAUUGCGGAAACGAUUAACAUUUAUAAAAGAUUGCAGUUUCUUGGGAGAAAAGUUUCAUAGUAUUAGGAACGCAUGUAAUUGCAGGUGUCUAUAACGAAAAGACAUUUCCACCGGCUCUUACCGCGUAACUGUCUCACGAUCGAUUUACCUUGCGCUUAUUCUUCUACGAUGGAAGCAUUGAUACCCGUAAUAAAUAAAUUACAAGAUGUAUUUAACACUGUCGGCUCAGAUGCUAUACAAUUACCUCAAAUUGUCGUGCUUGGUACUCAGAGUUCAGGAAAGUCAUCUGUAAUUGAAAGUUUGGUUGGCCGAUCAUUUUUACCACGAGGUACUGGAAUAGUUACCCGACGUCCUCUGGUACUGCAGCUGGUCUACACACCUAAAGAUGAGCGUGAACAUCGAAAUGCAGAGAAUGGAACGCUGGAUUUAAACGAGUGGGGCACAUUUUUACAUGCAAAAAGCAGAAUUUAUACAAACUUUGAUGAGAUUCGUAAAGAAAUUGAAUCUGAAACGGAACGAAUGGCUGGAACUAAUAAAGGAAUUUGUCCAGAACCGAUUAAUUUGAAAAUAUAUUCAACGUCAGUUGUUAAUCUCACGCUUAUAGAUCUUCCUGGUAUCACAAAGGUACCAGUUGGAGAUCAACCUGAAGAUAUUGAAAGUCAAAUACGUCAACUUGUUUUAAAGUAUAUAUGCAACCCUAACUCAAUUAUAUUAGCUGUUGUUACUGCUAAUACCGAUAUGGCUACAAGCGAAAGUUUAAAGCUCAGCAAAGAUGUAGAUCCGGAUGGACGACGUACUUUAGCUGUUGUGACUAAGUUAGAUCUUAUGGAUGCUGGAACCGACGCUAUAGAUAUAUUAUGCGGUAGAGUAAUUCCUGUAAAACUAGGAAUUAUUGGAGUAGUAAAUCGUUCUCAGCAAGACAUAAUGAAUAAUAAAAAUAUUCAAGAUGCAUUGAAGGAUGAAGCUGCAUUCUUGCAACGCAAGUAUCCUACUUUAGCAAACAGAAAUGGAACACCUUAUUUAGCUAAAACUUUAAAUCGCUUACUCAUGCACCAUAUUCGGGAUUGUCUCCCAGAGCUAAAGACGAGAGUAAAUGUGAUGGUCUCGCAAUUUCAAACCCUACUUAACUCGUACGGCGAAGAUGUUGGCGACAAGAGUCAAACGUUACUUCAAAUUAUUACUAAAUUUGCAAGUAGUUAUUGCUCCACAAUCGAAGGAACAGCUAGAAACAUAGAGACAACGGAAUUGUGUGGCGGCGCUCGAAUUUGUUACAUUUUUCAUGAAACGUUUGGCAAAACGCUGGACUCUAUUCAUCCGCUGGCGGGUCUCACAAAAAUGGAUAUUUUAACGGCUAUUCGAAACGCGACUGGUCCAAGACCUGCUCUAUUUGUACCAGAGGUUUCGUUUGAAUUAUUAGUUAAACGACAAAUUCGAAGACUCGAAGAGCCCUCUUUACGGUGCGUGGAACUCGUACACGAGGAAAUGCAAAGAAUUAUACAACACUGCGGUACCGAAGUACAACAAGAGAUGCUACGUUUCCCAAAGUUACACGAGCGCAUUGUCGACGUUGUAACACACUUGUUACGUAGACGACUCCCGCCCACUAAUCAUAUGGUUGAAAAUUUGGUUGCAAUAGAAUUAGCGUACGUUAAUACCAAGCAUCCAGAUUUUCAUAAGGAUGCCGCCCUUGUAUCGUCCUUACUAAAAAAUUCUGAUGGAGAUUCUGUUAAACAAAAUAGAAGACUGCCUUCGUCAUCGACUACUAUAAUUACAAACGACACGGUAAAUGUAAAGUCAGUUAAUAACAGUCAAGACGAAGUGGCAUCUUUUUCCGAGCAGAAUAAGGAUCAACAGGGACAUCAGAAUCAUUGGUUAUUAAGUAAUUUAUUACCUCAAGGAAGGUCCGAUUCAACUAGUUCUAUGGAUGGUUCGCCUGUAAGAAAUCGUGAGAACAGUAGCUCUCCCAAUUCGAUUCCAAUAAUCGAUGUACAAAAACCUUCUCCGCAGCAGAAGGCAAUAAAUCUACUGCCGGAGGUGCCGAUGCAGACAUCUCGCAAACUGAGCGAUCGAGAACAACGAGACUGUAAUGUUAUUGAAAGGCUAAUAAAAUCAUACUUUUAUAUCGUACGAAAAUCUAUACAAGAUAGCGUACCAAAAGCUGUCAUGCAUUUCCUAGUCAACUAUGUAAAAGAUAAUUUACAAAGCGAACUCGUAACCCAUUUGUAUAAAUCGGAUCAUGCCGAAGUACUCUUAAACGAGAGUGAGCAUGUUGCCAUCAGGCGCAAGGAAGCAGCAGACAUGCUAAAGGCACUUACUCAAGCUGGUCACAUUAUUAGUGAAAUUCGAGAGACCCAUAUGUGGUAACUACUUAUACACCACCUGUCUACACCAUCAUGUUAUAGUCCAAUAUAGACAGUUUGGCGUUUUAGUAGAUAAAUUGAUGAAUGAAGUAACGUGUAUGUCGAACCAAUGUAUAUAAUUUUUAUUUUUCAUGCAAGCAGUGUCAACACUACAACAAUAAUUCUUAAGGUCUACGCAUUUUCUUUUAGUUUCACUUGAUAAGCGCAAAAGAACACAAUAUCGUAAUUACGUGCAUUUAUAGCAAGUGUUGAUAUGUAUUAAGAAACUGAAGUAUUACCAGUAAUACCAAUGGUGCUUAUAUCA